GGCUCCAGCAGGAUGUGGCCGCGUCGGGCCCUGCGCUCGCACAAAGCUCUUCUCAAGCGCACGAGGUGCGCAAGGCUCGACCCUCCUUGUGUGCCAGGGUCGGGCGGGAAGGUCUUUAUUUAAGAGCAUCAUCCCAGUAUCGUGCAGCAGCUGCCAGGGAGAGAGCGGCGGCAUCACGACGUUGUUUCUGGAGAUGGAGAGGGCUGAUGCCCCCUCUUCCCUCAGCGCUGCCCGUGAGAUGGGCAUCACCCCCAGGGCACACAGGGCUCGGAGCUCUUCCCUGCUGCUUGGUGUCGUGUCCGAUAGGAGCUAAAGCUCAGGUUUGAGGAGGCUGAAACUCGCCCUGGAUCAUGGCACAGAGAUGAAUCCAGAGCUUCCCUAGACAGUCCUCUUCUCACUCCUUUGCCUUGCUGUAGGAUUGGACAUUGGAUAAGGAUUCGGUGGCCAGCGAGGGAGGACGGGGCUGCCUGGUUAUAACUGAGUAGCCCUUAUGACCAACAUGAGCUGGAGCUUUCUAACCCGCCUGCUAGAAGAGAUUCACAAUCACUCCACCUUCGUGGGGAAGGUCUGGCUCACCGUGCUGAUCGUCUUCCGCAUCGUCUUGACGGCGGUUGGAGGGGAGUCCAUCUACUCCGAUGAGCAGAGCAAGUUCACCUGUAACACCAAGCAGCCCGGCUGCGACAACGUCUGUUACGAUGCCUUCGCACCGCUGUCACACGUCAGGUUUUGGGUCUUCCAGAUCAUCAUGAUAUCCACCCCUUCGGUCAUGUACCUGGGCUAUGCCAUCCACAGGAUCGCCAGGUCCUCGGAAGAGGAGAAGAAGCUCAAGGGAUUCAAGAAGAAGAAGCAGUUUGCUAUGAACUGGCAGACUGUGCGCAACCUGGAGGACCCGAUGGAGGCAGACGAAGAGGAGCCCAUGAUCUCAGACGAUACAGCAGAAAACGAAAAAGCCAAAGCCAAGCCUAAGAGCAAAGAGCAGCAGAAGCACGACGGCAGGAGGCGCAUCCAGCAAGAAGGACUCAUGAAAAUCUAUGUCUUCCAGCUCCUUGCCAGAGCUUCGUUUGAAGUUUGCUUCUUGGUAGGGCAGUAUCUUCUCUAUGGUUUUGAAGUUGAAGCUUAUUACGUCUGCAACAGAGUCCCUUGUCCUCACACGGUGGACUGCUUUGUGUCGAGGCCGACAGAGAAGACAAUCUUCCUCCUGGUGAUGUAUGUGGUGAGUUGUAUGUGCUUAUUGCUCAACAUGUGUGAGAUGUUUCACCUGGGCUUUGGGACUAUCCGAGAUGCCAUUCGCAACCGAAAAAUCAACAGCUUUAGGCAGCCUCCUUACAACUACGCCUACCCAAAGAACAUCUCCUGCCCUCCUGAGUACAACCUGGUAGUGAAAUCAGAGAAGUCCACCAAGAUCCCCAACAGCCUGAUGGCCCACGAGCAGAACUUGGCCAACGUCGCUCAGGAACAGCAGUGCACGAGCCCAGAUGAGAAUAUCCCAGCAGACUUGUCCACCCUGCACAAACACUUGCGAGUGGCCCAGGAGCAACUAGACAUAGCGUUUCAGAGCUACAGCAGCACCCAGCCCAACACGCAGCCUUCCAGAACCAGCAGUCCCGCCUCAGGUGGCACGGUGGUAGAGCAGAACCGGGCCAACACCGCCCAGGAGAAACAAGGUGCUAAACCCAAAGCCUGCUCGGAGAAAGGAAGCUCAAGCAGCAAAGACGGAAAGACAUCCGUAUGGAUAUAGCUCGCUUAGGAGAGAGGGCAGUGUAAGCAGGGGGUUCAUUUUGGGUUGUUUCUGUUUUUUUCAGUGUUGUCUUGAGUUCAUUUCACAGGCCACGGGCAUGAUUUUUUAUAUGGAAGUCAGCAGUGAGGAGGAGGUUCAGACCAAUUUAGUGUCGUCUUCCAGUACAUUCACAAAAGACAUUUCCUUUCUAUUUCCAAGCCGCUCUGCGGCUAGGAACGUCCAGUGAGCAAUAGCAAGGGUCAGAGCCUUUGCAUAUCUGACCCAUUCGGUCACUGCCGUGCCCUCCAACACGGACUGUGAUGGGGAGAGGAGCUGCUGCUCGCUCAGAAGUCCCCCCUACAGCGAGCAGCUCCUCCCUGCAGUGCGAGGAGAGCGUCCUGUAAGCGAGGGAGUGCUCAGUUACUAAAUAUCCGUAAUCAAAAUUAACGUACGCCCCCUUGAUUAGAAGGGAAAACAGCUGACACGCUGCGCAAACUUUCCUGACACGCUUACGACUAAUUUCCUGUCUGAAUUCGUGGCUGCGCUAGCAGGUAUUGCUGGAAAUGAUCGCAACAGAGCUCGGGACUUUGCCUUGGACCCUGGCAGGCUCAUCGGGUUGCAGGGGGCUGAAAUGCAGCGACUGCCUCUACACAGGGAGAGCAGAGCACAGCACUAAAGGUUUUAUUUUUUUUCUUCCUCUGCAUUGAAACGAAAAGCAAAUAUGAUCAAGUGCUCUACAGCAGGAGUUCGCAGUGGAAUUGCCCUGUAAGGGGCUCAGGGUAGCUCUUGCUGCAGAUGUGAUGGGGAUUGUUGCACUUGCAGCAUUUUUUAAAAAAUAACUGCUAUUUCACAUCAUCAGAAAGUGCCUUUAAGCAACCAGGAAAAUGAAAUUGUAAAGGGUUUGGACAUCGUCGUUUGCUAAAUUGUGGUAGAGGUUGGAGGGUCAGUGCUGAAAGAUUCGUUUUACUGUUUAAUCAAACCCUUAUAAAUAGUGGCGGAGCACAGAUCUAUGCAUAGUGGGUAUGUAAUGUGUACAUGUAAGUAUAUAUACGGACAUGUAUGAACCCAUCUGUGUGAAUAUAUAUAUAUAUGUGUGUAUAUAUAUAUAUAAACCUAAUAUCAACAACCUGCUGGAAAUUUACAGCCUUCUCCUCCACUGGGUAAACCUGGCUGAUCCAAAACGAUGGCUGAUCUUCCUCCUGGAGCAGCCCCUGGGUACAGCCUCACCCAGGACAUCUCACCUACUUGCUUGGAGCACCCAGCAGAAGACUAGUGGGGACAGGACCGAGGCCAGUAACAAGUUUUUCCCUAGUUUAUCAGAGACUUUCGGGGCUUGAUUUGGAUUUUGGGGAGGGGAAGGGUUGCAGUUACAAAGGGGGAAUGUUAAACAAGCUGCCGAGCUCCAAGGCUCUUGCUCGUAUUGCGGAUAUGCGUUGUUAGGGUGGUUUCAACUUGUGUCUCUUGUACAGCUGUUGGCCUGUGGCUUUGCCACCAUCCAGCAAGCCAAAGCAGAAAGCAAACCUACUAUGUAGGGUUUUUGUUAGCUUAAGGAAAAGACCAUCUGCUGUCAACUGGUACAGGCUGAAACCAGUGACUGCCUCGCAGUCUGACGGGUCCCAGACUGGGUCGCGUCCUGCAGAGCAGAGGUCUUGCCGAGACGCCUGUGGCUCAGCAGAUGCUCUCACAGCCUCCCAGGAGCCAAACAGUUGAUUCACCACCCUGGAGGACCUAAGCAGGCAGAGUGUUUAUGAGCAAACUUAAGGUGAAAUGAGUAAAUCCCUGCUGAGGGACAGCGCGGCCCAUAUGCUGAAGUGCACUCGCUGUUUGCUCGCGGCACUGCCAGCCAGACAACGUCACACACAGGUCCCCGUGACGAUGUUUCUGACGCACUGGCCCCGUGUAACUGCUUGCUGACCAUCCUUCCUCAUGUCCUUGAGAGCAGUCUCCAAAAGGCUCCAGGUUGCCUGUGUGGUCAGGCCCAUAGACCACAGGGAUACACCUGAGUAUGGCCCUUCAGCACUGACAAAUCCGUGCAAUGCCAGCAGGCAACAGUGACGGUAGAAAAAAAGUAGGUUUAUGAACAAAUCAAAGAAAGCCCCAGUGAGGUAUUCACCUGCAAAUCUUCCAUAUGGUUUUGCUUAACAGUUCAGGGAAUACUUUGAGGCUUGGUCCUGAUCCCACUAAAGGCAUCAGUAAAAUGCUGGCACUAAGUGAGCGUCUUGUUAUUCAAGACCUCCCCUUUGAAAACAAUCUGUUGGAUCCGGAGGGAGGAUCAGUGGAUCUCCCCAGCAGGACCAGUCAGUGGAAACCCACGUCCAUCGCAUGGAGGGAUGCCCCAUAUGCCACAGAUUUUGUUCUCCAGGCUCCUAAAGUCCACACCACAGUGGUGGGGAGAGAAACAUAUCUGACUGCUCGGCAGGACCGCGCUGCUGCUCCUUGUCCCAUGGAGAGCUCCAUGUGGAAACUCGUCCUUUUCCGCCCCUCAGAUGACGCAGGGGACGUGGUGCUGGUGAUGGAAGCUAAUGCACCCGGGUCCAUGGUGCAGAGGCACAGAGCAGAGAUCCUGCCAGUAGCAAAUUGCAUCCUCGUAAAGCCACCCAGAGCACAAGCCUGUACAGCACAUCCAUGUGAAUCCUGCUCGGCCCUUUCCAAGGAAAUAGCAUGUAUUUAAAGCCGUGAUCCCAAAGGAGGGAUGGACACUCUGACGCCAGCCACGGUCGGUCGCUGCGCGGGGUUUUCUCGAUUCCUUCGGGAUGACUGUUGCUGUCACAGUCCUGGUGACACUUGUCCUCCAUUUGGAUUUCGCCUGCCUGUAAUAGCAAAACCUUCCUCAGCCCCACGCAUGGCCUGAGCAUUUCCUGAUGACUCAGGCUGGUCCCUUGGCUCCUGCUGACUGCAGAUUCGCAACCAAGUCACCCAAUUUAGGGACUGUGCUGUGCACUUCCCUUGCUCCGGCAUGUGGGAAGUGUCCUGCCUUGCUGUGGGGAAAAGAGGAGCAGAUUUUAAGGCAGAACCCCCCCAGGCGAGCAGCAGGGCAACCCUAAUGAACCUCCCUUGCUGCAAUCCUUGACUUUGGCACUCGGUAGACAUGGAGAACACCUUAUUUUGUUAUGGAGAACAGCAGGCCUGGGGCCUGCCCUCCUCUGCAGACAUGCGUGUGUGCAGCUGCCGUUUCCCUGCCCUUGCUCUGCACUUGUCCCCCCAGGCGCCUUUUCCCCCUUUCACACCGGUUACCACGAGGAUUUUGAAUGAGCAGCCAGUCCUGCAGCCGCCUCGCAGCCUCUUCCUGGCGGGUGUCACCGCCACGUUUGAUACGCACACACUGUUCCAGAGUGGCAGUCAAUAAUUGCAAUAUUGAUGAGUGCUAGAACCAGAACAGACACUUGUGCAAUCCAUACAACCUCCUCGUCUGGCAGGGAGACAGGACACCCGCUCUCCAGGCCGUCCGUCCAGCCAGUUCUGCUCAUUUGCAGGGCUCAAAACAACUAGGUGUGUAAAAUACUUUGCACUGGAGUCUGUCUGGGAUUCCUCCCCGUGAAAUGGGGAUGAUCCCGCUUUCCCAUUUUUUUCCAAGCGCUUUGGCAGAACCGCUCUGGUGUCUGGGCAGCCUUGGGAGAUGCGCGGUUGUUGCCCAAUGUCCCAAUGAGCUUGGCAAGUCAAUGUGCAAGAUUAUUAGAUACGUCGAGCUAGAUUAAUAUUAUAUUUGUUGAGUUGCUCACUUGCCCCAUUCCUCUUCCACUUCUUGGCCUCUAAAUUCUUUGGGAUUUUGGGUUCUUCCUCAGUCGUGGCCACCAAGGUGACGAUCGUGCUUUAAUGUCCCUGCAGCAAUGUGUCCGUUUAGGGCAGCAAGAGAGGUCGCACCUUUAUGGUGUCUGUUUGGGAAGGAAAAGGAGAGGGAGGCAAAAUAAACACAACCGCAAGCAAAAACCUCCUCACAGACAUCCCAACCAAGCCAGCUGCUCAAGGAAUUUCAAUGAAACGGCACGCAGCACCAGCCAGGGAAUAAAUGCUAGCAGUAUAACUAACACUUUGCUUUCCUUACAGGUUAGUAAUCCUGUUCACACACAAGACGGGUUUAGCUUCAUAGCUGAACUAAUCGUAAAUGUUGACACUUUCACUAAAUUUUGCUGGAUAAAAUGGCCAUCUUUCCAUUUCUCCCAUUACCAUUCCGGGCCGGGGAUGUCCCCAGUAAAAGCCAGAUUACCUUGUUGCUUGCAUUGCAUUUCUCUGGGAAAUACUUGAACUUAACUCA